AUGGCCGCAAUGGCCGCACUCCAUCCAAAUUUGCUCCAGAACACCACUCCCGACAUUGGCGGCGGGCACAUUCAAAUCCCAAGAAUUGAGCCGAUUGCCGAUGGAAUUGACGAGCAUGGUAUUGAAGAAGACGUUGWUGAUGAGGAUGGAUUCGAUGAAUUUGACGAAGAUUGGGACGUGAGAGACCAGCUCAACACAGACUUGAGCCUCAUCAAGCGCACCGGCAAGUUCUUUGCCUACUUUCGUCCGAAACCCUCUGCGCCAAAUCCCGGCUUGGAGAUAGAAGGACUUCGCCGGUUUGGUAUGCCCUUGCAAGACCAUGACAUCCAAGCCAUUAUUGCCGAGAGUCACCGGGCUCCGUAUGGUAAAGGCACGGAGACCAUUGUCAAUGAAGAUGUGCGAAAGACAUGGGAGAUAGACGGCUCUCGCGUCAGACUUCGGCACCCCGCAUGGCCCGCGGAGCUCGACAAGAUUGUGUCUACAGCAUGUGAGCAACUUGGAGUGGCUGGUGGUACCAGGGUCGUGGAGGCGCAGCUCUACAAACUUCUUGUCUACGAAGAGGGAGCAAUGUUCAAGCCGCACAAGGAUUCCGAAAAAGCGCCUCGCAUGUUCGGAACCUUGGUCGUCUGUCUGCCAUCCCUUCACACUGGAGGAGAGCUGAUCGUGUCGUUCAAUAAAGAGCGCCACGUUCUGGCCACAGCACCGUACUCUGAAUGGACAUCGACAUGCAUGGCCUGGUAUGCAGAUGUUAUUCACUCGGUGGAGCCUGUCACAUCUGGACAUCGUGUAGUUCUCACUUACAACCUUGUGGCAAAAGGCUGGCACCCGCCGCCAACGGCGCAAAGUCUCCAGGUUCACAUCGACCAAGUCAAGCAAACUCUCAUCCGUUGGAUGGAGAUCAGCUCUCCCGCCUUCCUGGUCUACAAUUUGGAGCACAAUUACACGAACGCCAGUAUCCGAGCGAGUGAUCUGAAAGGUACAGAUGUGCAUCGCGUGCAGUGUUUGAUGCAUCUGCAACAAGAACUUGGCAUUCGGUUGUUUCUUGGAAGCUUGGAGAAGUCUGUAUCGGGCUCUUGCGAGGAGAGUUGGGGCAGAGGAGGUGGCUGGGGAAGACGCCGUGGCUAUGGCUAUUACGACGAAAGCGAGGAUGAGGACGACGGCGGAAUUCAUCCGAUUGAUGACGAGCAUGAUAGCUCGUUAUCUUUGCUUUCAGUUGUGGACCUUGACGGCAACGUCGUGGCUCGGAACAUUGCGGUGGACGAAGAUGAGCACAUUGUCCAAAUCGGGUAUCUCGAGGGCCGCGACCCAGACGACGAGGACUACGAAGGGCACACAGGCAACGCAGGUGCGCAGGCCACACAUUGGUAUCGGGAUACGGUAAGCUUCUCAACACUGCGGGUUGAACUUUGA